GUUUUUAAUUUUACUUACACGCCGACAUUCAACCGCCCCUGCUUUCAACCCGGCAUUUUUUUGUUUUUUUUUUGUGCUCCGUGAAUUGUCUCGUUCAGUGGGACAGUUGGAUACUCAAACAUGUCUAAUGACAAACGCACCGUUUAUGUCGGUUCCCUGGCUGAUGAAGUCAACGAGAAGCUUUUAAAUGAUGCCUUUAUACCAUUUGGAGACAUUGCUGAUAUACAAAUGCCAGUCGACUACGAGACACAAAAACACAGAGGAUUUGCAUUUAUUGAAUAUGAAUCCCCCGAAGAUGCAUCUGCUGCAAUAGAUAAUAUGAAUGAUGCUGAACUCUGUGGACGAACAAUACGGGUUAAUUUGGCUAAACCAGUACGCAUCAAAGAAGGUAGCUUCAAACCAGUUUGGGCCGAUGAUGACUGGCUUCAGAAACAUGCUGGAGCAACAUUAGCGGAGAAAAAUGAGUCAGACGCAGCUAAUGGACAGGCACCCACAGACGAGCCGGAAACGCCUUCAAGUGGUCCAGCGGUAAUAGAGAAAAGUGAAAAAAGGAAUCCACAGGUGUAUUUUGAUAUAAGAAUAGGAGGUAAUGACGUGGGUCGCAUUGUAAUGCUACUAAGAGCUGAUGUAGUUCCCAAAACUGCUGAAAAUUUCCGAGCACUUUGUACAAAUGAACAUGGAUUUGGAUACAAAGGCAGUACCUUUCAUCGCGUUAUACCGGAAUUUAUGUGUCAAGGCGGAGAUUUUACAAACAAUAAUGGAACUGGUGGUAAAUCGAUAUAUGGAAAAAAGUUUGCUGAUGAAAAUUUCAAUUUGAAGCAUAAUGGAUUUGGGACAUUAUCCAUGGCAAAUUCUGGUCCAAACACAAACGGUUCGCAAUUCUUCAUAUGUACAACAAAAACGGAUUGGCUGGAUAAUAAACAUGUGGUAUUCGGUCAUGUAAUAAGUGGAGCAGAUGUGGUACGGAAGAUAGAAAAAGUCGGUUCAAAAACUGGCGCUACCGCCAGCAAAGUUGUCAUAUAUGCUUGUGGAGAAUUAAAAUAAUCAAUAAAGAAGUAUAUUUAGGGGCAUAUUGAACAUUUUAUAAACAUUUUAUGUGAAAAAAUCAUAUGUUAAGGUCUAAAAGAAGAAUUAAAGUGCUACGCACAACCAAAUAAAAUACUUGUUGCUGUUACAGGAAAAAUUAAGGAAACAAUUGUUGACAUGA